GGGAUAGGGCGGGUACUUCCUGCUCGCCACUCGGGAGGCUCGGAUACUUUCCCCAGGUCCCGUGCCUCAUUGCUGUGACCCGCUGCCGAGUGCUGUGAGGGGAGCGGGCGAGCUCAGCAUCCGCGAUGGAUGCAGUGACCUAUGAGGAUGUACAUGUGAACUUCUCUUGGGAAGAGUGGACUUUGCUGGAUUCUUCUCAGAAAAGUCUCUACAAGGAUGUGAUGCUGGAAACCUACUGGAACCUUUCUUGUAUAGGCUACAAUUUGGAAGACCACAGUAUUGAAGAUCAUUGUGAAAGUUCUAGAAGACAUGGACGGCAUAUUGAGAAUCCUUCUAGGUAUGAGCCACAUGAUCCUAAGGGAUAUGGAAAGAAGCAGUGUACCUCUCUCUUCCCAAGAGCAUUUAGAAGAUAUUUAGUCAACCCAACUAUGAGAAGAUGGGGUGAAUGUGAUACAAGUUUACAAGUAAUUGGUUUUACAGCUUCAGUGGGAAUACAUCAAAAUGCUGUCAUUGGAGAAAAGCCCUAUGAGUACAAGGAAUGUGGGGAAUCUUCUGUCUGUCCUGGUUCACUUUGCACAUAUAUUAUGAAUCACAGUAUAGGAAAAUAUUAUGAAUGCAAUCAGUAUGGGAAAGCUCCAAAUUCUUCCAGUUCUCUUCAGAGAUAUGAAGACUAUCAUAUGGGAAAAGGAACUGUUAAAUGUAAGCCUAGUUGUAAAAUCUUUACCUGUCACAGGCAUCUUCAAAUAUACAAGAAAACCUAUAAUGAGGAUUAUCUCUAUGAAUGUAAACAGUGUGAUAAAGCCUCUUUAGAAUUAGAACAAAGAACUCAUUUGAAAAUGAAAUCAAAUGAAUAUAAUCAAGAAGAUAAAGUCUUUGUAUGUCACAGUCAUCAAGUAGAUAGCACUAAUACUAGGGAAAAGAAGUAUAAAUGUCAUCAAUGUGGUAAAUCUUUUGCAUGUCCCAGUCAUCUUCAAAUACAUGAAAGACCUCAUACUGGAGAGAAACUCUAUGAAGGUAAUCAGUGUGGUAAAGCUUUUACAUGUUUCCAUACUCUUCAAAUACAUAAAAAAAUUCAAUCUGGAAGGACGCUGUAUAAAUGUAAUCAAUGUGGUAAAGCCUGUGCAAGUAACAGUGCUCUUCAGGUACAUGAAAGUAUUCAUACUGGAGGGACACCCUAUGAAUGUAGACAAUGUGGUAAAGCCUUUGCACGUAACAGUACUCUUCAAGUACAUGAAAGAAUUCAUACUGGAGAGAAACCAUAUAAAUGUAAUCAAUGUGGUAAGGCCUUUGCAGAUAACAGUGAUCUUCACAGGCAUGAAAGAAAUCAUACCAGAGAGAAACCCUAUGAAUGUAGACAAUGUGGUAAAGCCUUUGCACGUAACAGUACUCUUCAAGUACAUGAAAGAAUUCAUACUGGAGAGAAACCAUAUAAAUGUAAUCAAUGUGGUAAGGCCUUUGCAGAUAACAGUGAUCUUCACAGGCAUGAAAGAAAUCAUACCGGAGAAAAACCCUAUGAAUGUAGACAAUGUGGUAAAGCCUUUGCACGUAACAGUACUCUUCAAGUACAUGAAAGAAUUCAUACUGGAGAGAAACCAUAUAAAUGUAAUCAGUGUAGUAAAGCCUUUGCACAUAAAGAUUGUCUUGACAAGCAUGAACGAUAUCAUACUGGAGAGAAACCAUAUGAAUGCAGUCAAUGUGGUAAAGCUUUUGCAUGCAACAGUCUUCUUCACAGACAUGAAAGAACUCAUACUGGAGAGAAACCAUAUGAAUGUAGUCAAUGUGGAAAAACUUUUGCAUAUCGUAGGAGUCUUGACAUGCAUGAAAGAAAUCAUACUGGAGAGAAACCAUAUAAAUGCAGUCAAUGUGGUAAAGCUUUUGCAUGCAACAGUCUUCUUCACAGACAUGAAAGAAAUCAUAAUGGAGAAAAACCCUAUGAAUGUACUCAAUGUGGAAAAGCCUUUGCAAGUAACAGUCAGCUUAAGAUUCAUGAAAGAAUUCAUACUGGAGAGAAACCCUAUGAAUGUAAUCAGUGUGGUAAAGUCUUUGCAAGUAACAGUCAUCUUAAGGUGCAUGAAAGAAUUCAUACUGGAGAGAAACCCUAUGAAUGUAGUCAAUGUGGAAAAACUUUUACAUAUCGUAGGAGUCUUAACUUGCAUGGAAGAAAUCAUACUGGAGAGAAACCAUAUGAAUGCAGUCAAUGUGGUAAAACCUUUACAUGUAACAAUCUUCUACACAGACAUGAAAGAAUUCAUACUGGAUAGAAACUCUGUGAAUGUAAUCAAUGAGGUAAAGCCUUUAUAUGUCUUAGAACUCUUCAAAAGUAUGAAAAUAUUCAUAUUGACAAAAUGCUUCCCAGGAAACUAAUAAAUGAGGUAUAGUUCUGCAUCCCUCAUUAAUUUCCCUCACCAAGCUCUCUUACUGGUACAUGAGUAAGAUUAGAACAGUUCCAUCAUUGAAACAUUAUCUCCUUUUCAAAUAGUAGACAUAGUAUCAUCCAAAAAUAAAGGAAUACAGGACUCUUUGAAUAAUAAAAUCUAUUAGCAAAUGAAAAUGAUAUUCAUGCUGUCAAUUUUUGUACUAUAUUACUUUAUUCUGACAAAUUUUAUUCUUAACAGUUUCUCAGAAACACAAAUGAAUGGCAGAGAAUUGUCUCAGGGAGUAAAAGUUGUUGGUUCUAAGCUUAUGACAUAAGUUCCUUCUCUUGGAUACCCAUCUUACUCAUGCAGGUUUUUCUCUGCACAUUACAUUUUGGUUACAUGCACACUGACAUACCAGCACAUAAGUAUUGUUGAAUUCAAAAUAACAGACAAUGAAUUAUGGCACAUGAACACUAUGACACAGGGAUAUACAUAGAGUUAGAAAGUCUUAAAGAGAUAAAAUUAACAAAGCAAAGAAAUGAACCAAAAUAUUGAGAUCAUAGACUACGUUUACUAGUUGUAAUUAAUACAUUGUGUGAGAGAGUCCAUAUAUUUAAAUGGCUUUCUUUGUCUCUGUGUUAGUUGUUUUAAAUUAAAUGAAUUUGUGUGCAUUGUCAGAACAUGGUUUUUGAAUGCCAUCAUGUGAGAAGAAUUCUAACUGCUUGUGAGAACACUCUAAAAGAAAAAUAAUAAGACAAAAGUUUUUUGACCUCAGUGUCUUUGAAACAAUCAUUCUUGAACUGUAUUUUUGUGCUUUUCUCAGGUGCUACACAUAGGAGUUAGUUUUAUUACUCAUUUAUUACUUUUUAUUACUCAUUAUUAUUUGGUGUUAUUCAAUUCAUAUCCUUUAUAUGUCUUCCUCACAAUAUUUUAUCAUCUAUAUAUUCUUUGAUUUUUUUUUUUAACUUUGGGCACAAAUGGCAUCAAAACUACAUAAUGUUUUGAGGGUUAUCCGAAAAAACUCAAGGUCACAUCCCUUUGAAGAGACAUAAUGUCAAGUCAAAGGAAGAACCCAGAUUCACUGGAGUCAAGGCUUAUUUUUGCUUUUCUUUAGGACACUAAAAACCCUUUGUGGACACCUGGCAGUCUGAAUCCACCUAUGUUAGAUGCAUGAAAAGCUUCCAAAAUAUCUGCAGAGGCUAGACAUAAAGAAGGGAAGAGAGCAGGGUCAUGAGACUGUCAAGGCAUUAAGACAAGAGUGUAAUUCUAAUUACGCCAAGGUAUAUACAAUGAAAAAAUGAGCCUCAUGGUACAGAAACAUAUUUUUGCAUAGAAACAUAUAAAGGAUAUGAAUUGAAUAACACCUGAAAGCAGGUUCCAGGGCUGGAAAAUGGCAUACUAGGUAAGGAUUAUACAGAGCUAACAGAAGUCAGACUGAUUUCCACACUCAGGGUGUCAUUGCUUUCGACUAUUAAAGGAAUUGAUACCUGGUUAAGCAAUGAAGAAAACCAUUGAAAACAGAAAGCUUGUGAAGAUAUAGUUGCAUGAGUGGACCAUGUUCCAGCCCUCAACAAGUAGCAGAACUAAGCACCUUAAUCCAUGUGUUUGUGGCUUUAAUGUCAAAGAUAGAAGAAAGGGUUUAUGGAAUCUUCCUCCAUGACUAAGGAAAGAGACUGAGACAGACAUGGUGUGGAGUGUCCCUGCUUAGGGGCCCAGAGAGUACAUUUUGUCAAGCUGUGAAGGUAAAACCUGGAUUGCAUUGGAGAGACCAAGACGCUGAAGAUGCAGGAGGUGUGCAAUGGGGGCUGAGAAAAGCUUUAAAAGGGAGUGUAGUGAGCCUAAGAGACAGAAGCAUGCUGCAGCCAGCAAAGCCAGAGUUGGAGGUUUGCAUGGCCUUUUGACAGCACACAUGGACAUGCAGUGUUUGAAGUUUGCCCAGCUGGUUUGCUGUCUUGCUUUGUCGAAGUAUUUUUUCCACUAUCUUUCAUUCCCUAAGUUUCAGAAUGCUUAUAUCUCGUGCCACUGUAUGUUGAAAGUUUGUGAUCUGCUUUCUGACUUUGAACUGAUAAGUGAUUAUAUUUACAAGCCUGCAUGAAUCUCAGAAACGACUUUGAACUUUGGAUAUUCAAACGUUGUUGAUACUGUGCUAGGCUAUGAGGACUUUCAAAGUGGAACUAAAUGUGUUCUGUAUUACAUUAUGAGUACAACCUUACAUUACAGGGAUUAGAAUGUUUUGGUUUGAAUAGAUAUGACCCCAGAGAUUCAUGUUUGAAUGUUUACACCAUCGAAAGUGGCAAUAUUUUGAGUUGUGGCCUCAUUAGAGUACGUCUGGCCUUGGAUGAAUUGUGUCCCUGUGAAAGUGGAUUUUGAGUUCUACUAUGCUCAAUAUAUACCUAGUGUGGGGGUCUCCAAAUGCCUGCUGAUAGCUCCAUUAUGAACACCGUUUGCCUGUACUCUGCCAUGUUUUCUGUCAUGAUAAUGGACUAAUCCUCUGAA